AUGCUCCCACUCAAUGACAGUGACUUUAUGGAUGCGGAGGACGUGCCGAGAGACGAGAGUCUGGCCAGGGUGGAGAUCGCACUGCUCAGUAUGAUCUUCGUCAGCGCCGCCAUCCUCAACAGCGCCCUGCUGCUCGUCCUAUGGAGACAGCGCAAACAGCAGACCAGGAUGCGCGUCUUCGUGUUUCACCUGUGCCUGGCGGACCUGGUGGUCGCUUUCUUCCAGGUGUGUCCGCAGCUCAUGUGGGACAUCACGGACAGAUUCGUCGGGCCGGACCUGGUGUGCCGCCUGGUGAAAUACUUGCAAGUUCUUGGCAUGUUUUCCUCAACCUACAUGAUCGUGGUGAUGACGGUGGACAGAUACCAAGCUGUGUGCAACCCGAUGGUGAAGUUUCAGCGGACACGUGCACGACUGAACAUCCCCGUGUGCGUCGCGUGGGGGAUUUCUCUGCUGGGCAGCCUGCCACAGGUUUUCAUUUUCUCACAGGUUGAAGUUGCACCAGGUGUGUUUGACUGCUGGGCCAAAUUUAUCCAGCCAUGGGGACUGAAGACUUACGUCACCUGGACCACGCUGGUCAUUUUCAUUUUACCUGUUAUCACAGUUGUUAUUUGCCAAGUGCGCAUCUGCCGAGCCAUCCAGAUCAACUUGUACCAAAAAACUCAGCAGCAGUGCAGCGUGGCUCUGCCGCUUCCGUCUAGAGCCAGCGGUGUGGCCGGCAUGUCCAAGGCGCGGGUCAAGACGCUGAAAAUGACUGUGGUUAUAGUGCUGGCUUACAUUGUCUGCUGGUCCCCCUUCUUCACUGUCCAGCUUUGGUCCGCCUGGGACACCGAUGCACCAAAAGAAACUGCGACUUUCACCAUCCUGAUGUUGCUGGCCAGUCUGAACAGCUGUGCGAACCCCUGCAUUUACCUCCUGUUCAGUGGCCAGUUUCCUAAGAGGCUGCUGACUCUCCUGUGCCGGCGGCACUCCCACUGUAAGGAUUCAAUGCACGACGAGGCGACGCUGGUGAGCACAUUGUACAUGAGCGCCAAAAACAUCUCAGACUUCAAAUGA